GAUCUUGUUAUGUGGAAGGCAACAUCAUUACAGAUGAAAACAUUGUUUGCAUAUCUGUCCGUGUUGCUAAUUAGUUUUCUGGGGUUCCCAUGUGUACAAGGAAAAAGAAAAUAUCAUAAGAAAAAUCAACAGAAGACACAAACAAGGAGGAGGAGUGAGAGGGCCCCUCAGUGGAAGGCCUUGGACCACAGUGAAGUUGCCUCCAUCCCAGCCAGGGGAAGAGCUUCCACGUCCCGUCAGCCCUACUAUGACAUCAGUUGCCAAGGUAUAUUACAGUCAGACCACUCAGACAGAAAGCCGGCCCCUAAUGGGCCCAGGGAUACGAAGGCGGAGAGUCCUGACGAAGGAUGGUCGCAGCAACGUGAGAAUGGAGCACAUUGCUGACAAGCGCUUCCUAUACCUCAAGGACCUGUGGACAACCUUCAUCGACAUGCAGUGGCGCUACAAGCUUCUGCUCUUCUCUGCAACUUUUGCAGGCACCUGGUUCCUCUUUGGUGUGGUGUGGUAUCUGGUAGCUGUUGCCCAUGGGGACCUGCUAGAGCUGGGCCCUCCGGCCAACCACACCCCCUGUGUGGUACAGGUGCACACGCUCACUGGGGCCUUCCUCUUCUCCCUGGAAUCCCAGACCACUAUUGGCUAUGGUUUCCGCUACAUCAGUGAGGAAUGCCCACUGGCCAUUGUGCUUCUUAUUGCCCAGCUGGUGCUCACCACCAUCCUGGAAAUUUUCAUCACAGGUACCUUCCUGGCCAAGAUUGCCCGGCCCAAAAAGCGGGCUGAGACCAUCCGUUUCAGCCAGCAUGCGGUUGUAGCUGCCCACAAUGGGAAGCCCUGCCUUAUGAUCCGAGUUGCCAAUAUGCGUAAGAGCCUCCUCAUAGGCUGCCAGGUGACAGGCAAACUGCUUCAGACACACCAGACCAAGGAGGGCGAGAACAUCCGACUCAACCAGGUCAAUGUGACUUUCCAAGUAGACACGGCGUCUGACAGCCCCUUCCUUAUUCUACCCCUUACCUUCUACCAUGUGGUAGAUGAGACCAGUCCCUUGAAAGAUCUCCCCCUUCGCAGUGGUGAGGGUGACUUUGAACUGGUGCUGAUCCUAAGUGGGACAGUGGAGUCCACCAGUGCCACCUGCCAGGUGCGUACUUCUUACCUGCCGGAGGAGAUCCUUUGGGGCUAUGAAUUCACUCCUGCCAUCUCACUGUCAGCCAGUGGCAAAUAUAUAGCUGAUUUCAGCCUUUUUGACCAAGUUGUGAAAGUGGCCCUUCCUAGUGGCCUCCGUGACAGCACUGUACGCUAUGGAGACCCUGAAAAGCUCAAAUUGGAGGAGUCAUUAAGGGAGCAAUCUGAGAAGGAGGGCAGUGCCCUUAGUGUGCGCAUCAGCAAUGUCUGAUGAUCAGGAUUUUCCUGCCUCCUCAUCACUCUGGUCUCCUUUCCUCCCUCUUUUGACAUUCUGGGUAAGGGAUACUACCCAGGUUUAUUGGAGAGCCCCCAAAGCGCUUAUCUUCCACUCCCUCUUAUUUAACACAGUGGCCUGUGGGUAGUCUAGGCCAAUGGAAGUUAUCCUUCCAUUGUCCACCUUCACUUUCUUCCACCUUCCACCCCAAUACACACACAUUCCUUAAGCCAGGAUGGGGGAAGGAGAGGGAAGAUUUGCCUGAAGUGGCUUAGAAGGCCUCGGCCAUGCUUGGAGACUCACAGCAGGAGGACCAUGCAGUUGGAUGGAUAGACUCCAAACAGAAAGUUUGGUGAUUUGAGGCUGGGGCCCCUUCUUUCCACCUUCCCACUUAGGAAGUUCUCUAAAGCAAGACUCUCUGAUGGUCAUUUUGGGGUCUGUGCCCUCAGAAAUAUAGGACACUGGAAUCAAUUUAUCCUGAGGUAUCUACCAACUCCUGUUGCAAGAGGCCAGGGUUUUCAUGGUGUAAUUUCUGUUGAUAGCUCCUGACCACAACCUAGGACCUUGGUUGCCACUAAUUUUCCAUUUCUAAUCUCUCAGAUAGACCCAGUCUUAGGAUAAGUUUUUUGUUCUAAGAAUUGGGGUUGAUCCAAUAAAUAUAAUACACAUAGUCAUAACCACCACAUUGGUACCCAUCCUGGAUUAUGUACUCUUCAGCUUGGAGUGACUAAUGCAGAGCUGUUAUCCAAAAUUUUGAACCUAACCUUCAGGCUGCCCUGGGAUGAAGAUUUCUUUCCCUGUGUCUAUGAAUGGGAUGACUCUUGCUAAUGGGUUCUCCUGGGGGAAAAAAAAAAGUCCAGUGCCCUGGCUCUAUGUAAAGGUCUGAAAUGAUAUUCCAGAUUACAUAGCACCUGGAUUCUCUUCUUUCUUCUCUGCCCAGCCCAGACCCCUCUUCUCUUAAUCCCAGUGCUGUGGAGGAAAGGGAAGGAAAUGCAAGGGCUUCCCUCUCAAUACUGAUGCUCAACUAAAAACCAGACCCACCAGGCACAGAUUUCCCAGGAAAGUUAAACCAAUCCCACCAAGUGGGACAGGUAAAUUAUCAUAUUUCCAGACUGCUGUACAGAGCCUCUGAUAAUCAGUGGUGCUUUGUUAAAGUUUGGGCAGAAGCAGAACUUUGUGGCUGGCAGCUACUGUUCUCCCUAUUACUCUUCCUGGUGCCCUCCUGAAAAGUGCUAGUUUUGUCCUUAGGCAUUGUUGGGAGGGGAGGAAAUUAUACCUCCUGAUCAAAUAAUCAUGGUCUCCUUUAGCCAUUCCUGAGACUUUAUAUAAAAUGAUGAAAAUCAGUCUCAUUUCUACUCUCCUUUGCCAUGAGGCCAGUUUCAGGCAAGUUAAAAAGCAUAUUUUAAAAGGUCAGAUUCUGGUCAUACCUUGUUCCCUGAGGAGGGGGCGUGGAGGA